GUAUACUAUACUGUAGUGUAGUAAGUGCGCGAGGACGCCACGGUUAAGUCCGGGGAUUUUCUGGUAUGAAUGCAUUUCACAUUUGUAGAUUUGGAGGAACGCUUCAUAUGGAGACCAAAUAAUGCUCUUACUGCAAUGACAGGCAAACGAUUGAGAAACUAAUAUCAGCUUUACUUGUGCGUCCUGAUACUAACUUCAUGGAGAAGUCGCUUACGGACCACAAUAUGAAAGUAUUAAUCAUGGCAGUCGUUCUUCUGCUCGGGUUACAUAACGGAGAUGCGAGUCCAUCGAACCGUGUGUCCUGCUUCAAAAAGCUUGUGAAGGAUAGAAACUGCCAUGACACUGGACUGCAGAGAAUAAGACCCAUCGACUCACUACAAAACCAUUACUGGGAGGGGGAUGAGUGUGAUGUAGUCUGUUAUUGUAACCUCUUCGAGCUCCUCUGCUGCCCCAGGGCCGUUUUCUUCGGGUCGAAAAUCUCCUUUGUGAUCCCGUGCAAAACGUCCGAAAUGCGACUUUGAGUGAACCGAAUGGUUGCGACGACGACAGAAAUCUCUUAAAAACAAAAUGGCAAAGCAUUCUGUGCUAAUUAUGCUAUACAACAUGCAAUAACAAGUUAUAUGUACCAAUGAAAUAUAAAUCUGUCCUUGGCAGGUUGUCCCAUUCUGCAGGUAUACUCUUCAUUUACUAACCAUAAUCUAACUCAUAUGAUCAAUCUGUUCCCUGUUCUAAUCAAUGUAUAACUCUACUACAAUAGCAUAUUGUUUAUGUUAAGAAAUGCUUUAUGUGCCGUUUUGUUUAAUAGAUGUAAUGUAUGUGUGGGUGAGAUUAUACCAUCGUGCCUUUAUUGGGUUCAAUUCUCAAAUCACCUCAAACAUGCAGACCUGGCAGAAAUUACCAAGAAUUUCUACAACCCAUUUAAAUGGCAAAAAU